AUGACGCUGAUCAGUAGAACAAUCAAAGACAAGUUGGAAGGAAGCUCGAAGUCGCCAUCAACCUAUGUCAAGCCAUACACGCAAAGGAUCGAUGAUCUAAAGAUGCCAAUGGGCUAUAUACCUCCAAAGUUUCAACAAUUUGACGGCAAAGGCAACCCUAAGCAACAUGUGGCACACUUCGUGGAGACUUGCAAUGAUGCCGGCACGUAUGGAGAUCACCUCGUCAAGCAAUUCGUCCGAUCGCUCAAAGACAAUGCGUUUGAUUGGUACAUUGAUUUGGGGGCAAACUCCAUCGAUAGUUGGAAGCAUUUAGAGGAAGAAUUUCUCAACCGCUUUUACAGCACUCGAAGAACAGUCAGCAUGAUUGAGCUCACCAAUUCCCGCCAGUGGAUGAAGGAACCUGUCAUCGACUACAUCAACCGUUGGAGAAAUUUGAGUCUUAAUUGCAAGGAUCGACUGUCUGAGACAUCAACUAUUGAACUGUGCAUCCAAGGAAUGCAAUGGGGACUCCGAUAUAUCAUUCAAGUAAUUCAACCUAAAAGUUUUGAAGAGUUGGCCACUCGAGCACAUGAUAUGGAGUUGAGCAUACUUGCAAAUCAAAUUGAAGAAUCACCAUUCCAAAAGCCGUACCAGCUCAAUGAAGAACAUGUUGAAGAAGAACAAGAAGAUCAUGAGGAUGGGGGCAAGUGUUUUGAAGAAACAACACCCUAUGCAAUAUGA